UCAUGGCGGCUUCCCUGUACAGGAGAAUACCCUCGGUUUCGCGUUUAUUAUACUCUCAGGGAAAGAGAUUCAAGUCCAGCGCCUCGGGUCACGCUCAGGAUGAAUAUUCUACAGAAAAGGAAACACAUUUUGGCUUUGAGAACGUGCCGGAAAACAAGAAGGCCGAGAAAGUACAUGAAGUUUUUGAGAAUGUGGCAGAGAAAUAUGACGUGAUGAACGACCUGAUGUCUGGCGGAAUUCAUCGAAUAUGGAAAGACCUAUUCAUCGCCCGCAUAAACCCGAGGCCAAAUACCAAACUCUUAGAUGUUGCAGGUGGAACGGGAGACAUUGCCUUCCGCUUUAUCAAACACAUCGAACAGGCUAAGAGAGGGAGCACAGUUGUACCAAGUGAUGUCAGCGAGUCAGACCUUGGAGAGAAGGAUAGCCAAAGAUUGCCAUACGAGGUUGUUGUUUGCGACAUAAGUCAGGGGAUGCUGGAUGUAGGGCAGAAGCGAGCAGCGGCGUUGGGAUAUUCUGGACUCUCCUGGAUCUGCGGAGAUGCCCAGAAGCUGCCGUUCCCCGAUGAUCACUUUGACUGCUACACCAUAGCAUUCGGAAUAAGAAAUGUUGUAGACCUGGAAAAGGCUCUGAGUGAAGCAUACCGGGUGCUGAAACCGGGUGGAAGGUUCGUCUGCUUGGAGUUCAGUGAAGUUAAGAAUCCAACUGUCAGAUGGAUGUAUGACCGGUAUUCCUUCGGUGUGAUUCCGGUGAUGGGGCAGGUGGUUGCAGGAGACUGGAAGAGCUACCAGUACUUGGUGGAGAGCAUACGCAAGUUCCCAGAUCAAGAGACAUUCAAAGAGAUGAUCGAGGAUGCGGGAUUCAGGAGAGUGACCUAUGAAAACUUGACCUUUGGGGUAACAGCCAUACAUAGUGGUUUCAAGAUUUAGAGAAAGUGGGUGGCUAUGGAAUUGAAAAUUAAUGAAUGCUUGAGAUAUUUAUGAUCUAAGAGUUGAUAAAUACAUCCUCUACGUGUUGUUGAUUUUGUAUAUAGUUGUAAUAAAUUGUUAAAGUUA